UUUCAAGCCAACAUUUCAACACACAUGCAUUGCGUCACAAAAUCGGGAAAAUUAUGAUGUGGUUUCAAUCGCGUGUUCGAGAAAGUCGGAAUUGGAAUUACUACACCACGACACUACAGUAUACUAACUUAGAUUAGAACGAUGUGUAUUAGGUCCACUAAUGACUGAUGCGUUUUAUAUGUUUAUCAUAGAAUUCGGAUGCCAAUUUUCAAACGGAUAUUGUCAUAGAGAUUUUUUUUUUAACUCUUGAAGCACAAUAAUUGUGACCGAGCUGCGCCGGAACUCGAGGCGGUUUUCCUCCGACAUCAGCUGAAGAAAUCAUUCACCGCGCUGUUUGAAAGGAAACAAAAAUACGAGUUUCUUUUUGUUCACACAUUUAAGUCCAAGAAAUGACUGACUUCAAGAUAGAAGCUAGGGAUCGCCAAUACCAUGGAUUCACAGGUAAUGAAGAAUCUUGGGAAGGUCCAUACAUGUUUGUGGUGGGAGCUGAUCCACAGUAUGGCAUGAUGGACACCAUGGCUGGCAAGGAAGAUAUCAGUUGGGAUCAGGAGGUGGCGCUUACAAGGCAAGCCAUUGAAGCAGUCAACGCCAUGACACCAAGGCCAAAGUUUUUUGUAGUGUGUGGGGACCUUGUUCAAAGCUGUCCAGGAGAGUACCUUCGGGAUGAGCAAGAAGCAGACUUCAUCAAAGAGUUCUCUAAGCUUGAUUCCAAGAUCCCUCUUGUUCUGGUCAGUGGUAACCAUGAUGUUGGUAGAAUACCGGAUGCGGCAUCCAUUGCAGCUUACACAGAAAGGUUUGGAGAUGAUUACUAUGGUUUCUGGGCUGGUGGUGUUCGGUUCUUAGUCCUCAACACUCAGAUGUACCAUGAUGAUAGUAAAUCCAAAGAGAUUAGAAAGCAACAUGAUGAUUGGCUGCUUCAAGAAGUAGAAGCAAUAAAAACGUCAGGAUGCAAGCAUGCUGUGGUAUUCCAGCACAUAGCAUGGUUUCUCCAGGAGCCAGAUGAAGAGAAAGUCUAUUUCAAUAUUGAAAAGGAAUUCCGCCUCAAGAUGCUUGAAAAGUUUAAUGACGCUGGAGUGAAGGUUGUUUUCUCCGGUCAUUAUCACCAAAAUGAUGGCGGGUUCUACAAGGGGGUGGAACAGGUGGUGACCUCAGCGAUGGGCUGGCAACAGAGGGCGACAGACAUACCAGGUAUCAGGAUCGUGAAGGUAAAGGAAGAGGGUAUCACACAUCAGUAUUAUGAGAUGGAUCAUAUACCAACGACAAUAAGCUUGAAAGAAUAAAGAGUAAAAAAAAACAACCGGGUAGAAAUGGAUGGAUAUAUAUUUGUUAUCUAUUAAUCUCGAGUAGGUAUGUAUGAUGAUGUUAAGGGUCUAUUUGAAGCAUAAAACAAAACUCAAUAAAUCUAUGUUUAAGAAUGACCAAAUAUGUAGAAAGAAUAAUUUUCUAGAUGUUUUACGGUUUGCAGAUUAGGAAGAAUACAUUUAUAAAUCAAUAUAUGUAUCUAUGCAAACUAUUUUGUUGGGAUUAUUAAAAUGUCCUAUCUAUUUCCUAAGUGUGUAUAAAUGUGUUUUGCUUUCCUCAUAUGAGCAAAUUAGUCCUAUAUUUUACAGUUUGUAAAUAUAAUGCACAAGUCCCCAUGAUAAUGCACAUGUAUGUUUUUAUGUGACUUAAACUUCCCGAAGAAGGAACACAUUGGUUGGUUAUGUUAGGUACUGUCUCUGUCUUUAUUAUUAUUGGUGAAUAUAAUUAAAUACAUGAUAGUAACAGCAUUGUAAAUAUCAUUUUGAAAUUAAUUUGAACAUGUAAUCUGCCCUUGAUUAAAAUUUUAAGUAGUAAAUUCACAAAGGAGAUAAUGGCAAAUAUACUUGAUAUGAUACUUUAAAAUGUUUUUUAAUGAUGAGGUAGUACAGGUGAGGAGUGAUUAAUAGCCCUGGCAUUGUAAUUGUGUUGUACAUGUAUGUGCUUGAAUGUUAUUUGGUUGUUCUGAGGAUGUAUCUACCGCCAAAUUUUCUACAAAUCUUAUAAAUAUAGGAUUAGUUGUAAGCAGACACAUGUGCAUACUAGAUAUAUUUCAUCCUUGGCUUUCCCUUUUCCAUAGCCAUUAUUAUAUCAAAUUUAUUAUUACUAUCAUAUUCACUCCAUCUAUUUAAUCUUUUUUUUUGUAAUUGGAAAAUAGAAUUCACCCUUCUCAUUUGUUUUAUUUAUUUAUUUAUUUUGUUUUGUUUACCCAGGGUAACCCCAUCAGUGGACUAAGCACUGUUUUUCUUGGGGGCCCUGCAUACAAGUAACAAAUACAUACAUAUAACAAGUACAAACAAUGAAAAGGUAGUAAACAAGGAAGAAAAUAUGUUCAAAGAGACAAGCAACAUGCAGGACAUACACACAGGCAUACUGAAAUACAUGUGUGUAUGUAGAACAAAAGUCAACAUAUUGUGCAUAUGCAAAUCCAUAUAUUAUAUAUUCCCUAUGAUCAUAUGUUUAUUGAUUAAUUUUGUGUUUACUUGAUUGCUUGUCCCUGGAAUCAGCCAGAUAGGGGUAGUUAUUUUUAAUUUAGUAGUAGUUUAUCGCUCUCCAAUAAGAUGUAGCGAGGGAUUGCCUCCAGACUGCACUACGGGUACCACUAUCCAGCUGAUUCCAGAGAAUGGCAGCACUAUGAGAAAAUGCCUUUUUUCCAGCCUGCGUGCGUACAAGCGGUACCACUACACCAUUGUGAACCGAGUUUCUAGUUCUGUUACCAUGUGUCUUUCCACUUUAUAUACCUCUGUUCUAUUUAUUCUUUAUGUCUUGGUACACCUUAGAGUAAUUUAUAGAAGCCAUAUUUUUAAUUGCAUGCAUUUGAUUAGACUUAGAUUUUAUAUAAAUCUUCAUAUGUAAUUUAUAGAAGCCAUAUUUUUUAAUUGCAUGCAUUUGAUUAGACUUAGAUUUAACAUUUUAUAUAAAUCUUCAUAUGUAAUUUAUAGAAGCCAUAUUUUUUAAUUGCAUGCAUUUGAUUAGACUUAGAUUUUAUAUAAAUCUUCAUAUGUAAUUUAUAGAAGCCAUAUUUUUAAUUGCAUGCAUUUGAUUAGACUUAGAUUUAACAUUUUAUAUAAAUCUUCGUAUGUAAUUUAUAGAAGACAUAUUUUUUAAUUGCAUGCAUUUGAUUAGACUUAGAUUUAACAUUUUAUAUAAAUCUUCAUAUGUAAUUUAUAGAAGCCAUAUUUUUAAUUGCAUGCAUUUGAUUAGACUUAGAUUUUAUAUAAAUCUUCAUUUGUAAUUUAUAGAAGCCAUAUUUUUAAUUGCAUGCAUUUGAUUAGACUUAGAUUUAACAUUUUACAUAAAUCUUCAUAUGUAAUUUAUAGAAGCCAUAUUUUUUAAUUGCAUGCAUUUGAUUAGACUAAGGUUUAACAUUUUAUAUAAAUCUUCAUAUGUAAUUUAUAGAAGCCAUAUUUUUUAAUUGCAUGCAUUUGAUUAGACUUAGGUUUAACAUUUUAUAUAAAUCUUCAUAUGUAAUUUAUAGAAGCCAUAUUUUUUAAUUGCAUGCAUUUGAUUAGACUUAGGUUUAACAUUUUAUAUAAAUCUUCAUAUGUAAUUUAUAGAAGCCAUAUUUUUGAUUGCAUUCAUUUGAUUAGAUUUAACAUUUUAUAUAAAUCUUCAUAUGUAAUUUAUAGAAGCCAUAUUUUUUAAUUGCAUGCAUUUGAUUAGACUUAGGUUUAACAUUUUAUAUAAAUCUUCAUAUGUAAUUUAUAGAAGCCAUAUUUUUUAAUUGCAUGCGUUUGAUUAGACUUAGAUUGAUAUAAAUCUUCAUAUGUAAUUUAUAGAAGCCAUAUUUUUAAUUGCAUGCAUUUGAUUAGACUUAGAUUUAACAUUUUAUAUAAAUCUUCAUAUGUAAUUUAUAGAAGCCAUAUUUUUUUUAUUGCAUUCAUUUGAUUAGACUUAGGUUUAACAUUUUAUAUAAAUCUUCAUAUGUAAUUUAUAGAAGCCAUAUUUUUUAAUUGCAUGCGUUUGAUUAGACUUAGAUUUAUAUAAAUCUUCAUAUGUAAUUUAUAGAAGACAUAUUUUUUAAUUGCAUGCAUUUGAUUAGACUUAGAUUUAACAUUUUAUAUAAAUCUUCAUAUGUAAUUUAUAGAAGCCAUAUUUUUUAAUUGCAUGCGUUUGAUUAGACUUAGAUUGAUAUAAAUCUUCAUAUGUAAUUUAUAGAAGCCAUAUUUUUAAUUGCAUGCAUUUGAUUAGACUUAGAUUUAACAUUUUAUAUAAAUCUUCAUAUGUAAUUUAUAGAAGCCAUAUUUUUUAAUUGCAUGCGUUUGAUUAGACUUAGAUUUAUAUAAAUCUUCAUAUGUAAUUUAUAGAAGCCAUAUUUUUAAUUGCAUGCAUUUGAUUAGACUUAGAUUUAACAUUUUAUAUAAAUCUUCAUAUGUAAUUUAUAGAAGCCAUAUUUUUUAAUUGCAUGCAUUUAAUUAGACUUAGAUUUUAUAUAAAUCUUCAUAUGUUUUCUUGACAUAACCAUAAUAUGAGUUGGUUAAAGAUGUUUACUAAGGAUAAAAAAUGAAAUGAGGAGUAUUUUCUGUGAUGAUUGGAAUAUCUUUUUUGAAUAGUUUCUAAAAGAGAUGUGAAAAUAAAAUACGAGAUUGAGCAGUAGGUUAUCAAAGUGACACAUCAAUUUAUAGAUGUAGGUAGUUUUCCCACGAUUCCUGUGCAAUAUAAUAUUCUAAAAUCAGUAUCAUGUAUGUUACAUUUGGUGUAUCAUUCAUAAUUCAUAAUCUUUCGUUCAUAAUCUGAAUGAAAUAUAGUUUAACCUUUUAGCAGAAAUCUUUAUAUUGAUAUUGAUAUUGACUAAUAAAUAUAAAUUAAAGAAAUAAUAAAUGAUAAUAAUAUAAGAGAGUGUGCGUAAAUUAUUGUACUUGAAUAUGCAUUCAUAUCGUUUUGAAGGACUCUUUUAAAAUGAAAUUCUCAGUAAUGGUAAUUACACGUAGUGAAUUUUUGUUAAGUGGGAUAAUGAUUUAGUUGCUGACUGAGGUAUGGGGAUACAGUGGACUACUUCUGAAAAAUUUUGAAUGAGCAAUAUGAGUGAACUGAAAAAAAGAAGAUUAUUAAAUGAAUGAUUAAUUUUGUAUUAUA